CUCCGCUAGCAAUUUUUUGGUUGCUUGGGGGAAAGCCUACUAGAUGGACUUGACAUAAACCCUCUUCCCUCUUCAUGAUCGAACCAUUUUUAACCCUAGAAAAUCCGCCUUAUUUCGAGUUUGAAACGGAGUAGAAUUUAAAUGCAAAAAUCUUGUCCAUGAUUGUUCUAAUUAUGAUGGUAUGUCGGUAGAAGAAGUUGAAGUCCAUAAAGUCCAUUUUACAAUGGAAUUUCUCUCUGAGCUCAAAACUAGGGCUUCUAAUUCGUUACUGAAUGGAGCUAAUGGUAAUAACAAGCCGUAUACCACUUUUGAAAGCUUGCUUGCUCAUUUAUGGAGGACUAUGACGAAGGCUCGUCAAUUGAAUGGAUCUGAAAAUACCCGUAUAAAAAUUUCAGUCAAUGGUCGUGCGCGAAUGAACCCGAAAGUGCCAAAUGAAUACUUCGGCAACUUGGUGCUCUGGACAUAUCCAAGUUCUAAGGUUGAAGACCUAGUGCAGGAACCAUUGGGUUAUGCAGCCAAGCUCGUUCGCAACGCCGUUGAAAGUGUGAACGACAAAUACUUCAAAUCAUUCAUUGACUUCGCAACGGUUAAGGCGAAGGAGGAAGACUUGGUGCCCACUGCGGAUGCUAAUGUGUCUACGUGUAUUCCGAAUUUGAAGGUUGAUAGCUGGCUAAGGUUUCCAUUUUAUGAACUUGAUUUUGGAGGAGGAAGUCCUUGUAUAUUUAUGCCAUCUUAUAUUCCAAUUGAAGGCUUCAUGUUUCUUCUACCUUCGUGCAACGGAGAUGGAAGCGCAGAUGCCUGCAUAACACUUUUCCGUAAAAACGUAAAAACAUGGAUAUUUUCAAACAAAUUGUCUCUAAAUUGUUAGAGAGUUGAAGGAAAGAAAGAAGCUGCAAACACUAGAAUUUCUUUAAGUUCUGAUAAAAAAGAUAUUUAAGUGUUUGAUAAAAUGCUUGAAAGAAAUAAUAAACACUAGGUUUGUAUCAAAUAGAUGCUCAAAUAUACCCCAGAUAUUAUAUUUACUUUCUCUUGAA